AUGACAACAACACCAACUCAAACAACUACAUCUCCCACAACCACUCAGUCACAGACAACAUCUGCUGAGACCACUCUCAACCCAACUACUACAACGCCAGUUACAACGCUAAUCCCCACUUCUACCACAACAAUUGCAACCUCCACGCCUGCUGUAGCAACAACAACAUCACCUGCAACUACUACGGAUGCAACUACAACAGUAGCACUGACAACAACACCAACUCAAACAACGACAUCUCCGACCACCACUCAGUCACAGAUAACAACUGCUGUGACCACUCUCAACCCAACUACAACAACGCCAAUUACAACGCUAAUCCCCACUUCUACCAUAACAACUUCAGCACCCACAACUGCUUCAGGGACAACAACAUCGCCUACAACUACUACAGAUGCAACUACAACAGUAGCACUGACAACAACACCAACUCAAACAACUAUGUCUCCCACAACCACUCAGUCACAGACAACAAGUGCUGAGACCACUCUCAACCCAACUACAACAACGCCCAUUACAACGCUAAUCCCCACUUCUUCCAUAACAACGUCAGCUCCCACAACAUCACCUACAACUACUACAGAUGCAACUACAACAGUAGCACUGACAACAACACGAACUCAAACAACUACGUCUCCGACCACCACUCAGUCACAGACAACAACUGCUGAAACCACGCUCAACCCAACUACAACAACGCCAAUUACAACGCUAAUCCCCACUUCUACCACAACAAUUGCAACUUCCACGACUGCUGUAGGAACAACAACAUCGCCUACAACUACUACAGAUGCAACUACAACAACCACUCUCAACCCAACUACAACAACGCCAAUUACAACGCUAAUCCCCACUUCUUCCAUAACAACGUCAGCUCCCACAACAUCACCUACAACUACUACAGAUGCAACUACAACAGUAGCACUGACAACAACACCAACUCAAACAACUACGUCUCCGACCACCACUCAGUCACAGACAACAACUGCUGAAACCACGCUCAACCCAACUACAACAACGCCAAUUACAACGCUAAUCCCCACUUCUACCACAACAAUUGCAACUUCCAUGACUGCUGUAGCAACAACAACAUCGCCUACAACUACUACAGAUGCAACUACAACAGUAGCACUGACAACAACACCAACUCAAACAACUAUGUCUCCCACAACCACUCAGUCACAGACAACAAGUGCUGAGACCACUCUCAACCCAACUACAACAACGCCCAUUACAACGCUAAUCCCCACUUCUUCCAUAACAACGUCAGCUCCCACAACAUCACCUACAACUACUACGGAUGCAACUACAACAGUAGCACUGACAACAACACCAACUCAAACAACUACGUCUCCGACCACCACUCAGUCACAGACAACAACUGCUGAGACUACUCUCAACCCAACUACUACGGAUGCAACUAAAACAGUAGCAACGACAACAACACCAACUCAAACAACAACAUCUCUGACCACCACUCAGUCACAGACAACAACUCUGACCACUCUCAACCCAACUACAACAACGCCAGUUACAACGAUAAUCCCCACUUCUCCCAUGACAACUUCAGCUCCCACAACUGCUUCAGUGACAACAACAUCACCUACAACUACUACGGAUGCAACUACAACAGUAGCACUGACAACAACACCAACUCAAACAACUAUGUCUCCCACAACCACUCAGUCACAGACAACAACUGCUGAGACCACUCUCAGCCCAACUACAACGCUAAUCCCCACUUCUCCCAUGACAACUUCAGCUCCCACAACUGCUUCAGUGACAACAACAUCACCUACAACUACUACGGAUGCAACUACAACAGUAGCACUGACAACAACAACAACUCAAACAACUAUGUCUCCCACAACCACUCAGUCACAGACAACAACUGCUGAGACCCCUCUCAACCCAACUACAACAACGCCAAUUACAACGCUAAUCCCAAUUCAUACCACAACAAUUGCAACUUCCACGACUGCUGUAGCAACAACAUCAGCACCUGCAACUACUACAGAUGCAACUACAACAGUAGCACUGACAACAACACCAACUCAAACAACUACAUCUCCCACAACCACUCAGUCACAGACAACAACUGCUGAAACCACUCUCAACCCAACUACAACAACGCCAAUUACAACACUAAUCCCCAUAACAACUUCAAUUUCCACAACUGCUGCAGCAGCAACAACAAUAUUGGCAUCUACGGUGGAAGCAACUACAACAGUAGCACUGACAACAACACCAACUCAAACAACUACAUCUCCGACUACCACUCAGAACAACAACAACACCAGCCACUACUGUGGAUGCAAUGACUACAGUAGCACUGACAACAACACCAACUCAAACAACUACGUCUCCGACCACCACUCAGUCACAGACAACGACUUUGACUACUCUCAACCCAACAACUACAAUGCCAAUUACAACAUUAACCCCCACAACAAUUUCAACACUCACAACUGCUGUAGCAACAACAACAACACAAGCCACUACUGUGGAUGCAACGACCACAACCACUCUCAACCCAACUACAACAACGCCCAUUACAACGCUAAUCCCCACUUCUACCACAACAAUUGCAACUUCCACAACUGCUGCAGUAACAACAACAGCACCUACAACUACUAUGGAUGCAACUACAACAGAAGCACCGACAACAACACCAACGCAAACAACAACAUCUCCCCCGACCAUUCAAUCAAAGACAACUACUCUGACCACUCUGAACCCAACUACUACAACGCCAAUUACAGCACUAAUCACCACGAGAACUGCUGCAGCAACAACAACAACCACUCUCAACCCAACUACAACAACGCCAUUUACAACACUAAUCCCCACCUCUGCCACGACAACCUCUGCUUCCACAUCUUCUGCAUCAGCAACAACAGCACCUGCAAUUACUACGGAUGCAACUACAACAGUAGCUCUGGCAACAACAACACUAACUCAAGUGAUGUCUGCCACAACCACUCAGUCACAGACAACUACCCCUACCACUGUGAUCCCAACUACAACAACAGCAGUCACAGCAAUAAUCCCUGCUACUACUCGCACAACAACUUCAAGUUCAUCAACCACCGCAACAAGAACAACACUUGCCACCACAGUGGAUACAAUUACAACAGUACCACAGACAACAACACCAACUUCCAUGACUGCUGCAGAAACAACAACAAUACUUUCCAACCCUACAGAUGCAACUACUACAGUACCAAAGACAACCACUCCUACUCCAAUAACUAUAUCUCCAAUCACCACUCAGUCACAGACAACAACUACUGCAACCACUCUGAACCGAACUACUACAAUGCCAAUCACAACAGUUAUCCUUACAACUAA